CGUGUUUGCUGCUUCCCCUCCCUUCCUUUCUGAACCCACCCCCAGUGUUUCGGUUAUUUUGUCUCUUUUUCCCCCCUUUCUUUUUCUUCUUCUGAACUUUCUCUCCCUCCAUCCAUGGCUCCAUCCUCCCCUUCUCCGCCAUUAAUCUAAUCAACUACAACCCCCCCAAAAAGGACCUUCCCCUUUUUCCCCCCCAUCCACCGCAUUCCCUCUCCUCUCCCCCAAGUCCCACCACCGCCGCCGCCAUGCUCCACCGCCGACUCCUCCUCUUCCUCUUCCUCCUCUCCCCUGUUUCCGCCGCCGACGACUCCAAACCCCCACAACCCAACCCUCCCCCUCCACCAUACCCCAUCGGCGAUAUUGCCCUCCCCGGCUACCUCUCCCCUCCCCCUGACUUCCCCGCCCUCCUCAACUCCGGCGAAACCCCUGCCCUCCGCCCCAGCCUCGCCGUCGUCGUCGCCAUCUCCACCACCGUCUUCUCCGUCACCUUCCUCCUCCUCCUCUACGCCAAGCACUGCAAGCGUCCCCCCGACAGCGCCAGAAACCCUCCUUACCACGGCGCCAACAACCUGGCCAGGAAAAACUCCGGCGUCGACAGGUCGGUGAUCGAGUCCCUUCCCCUCUUCCGGUUCAGCUCGCUCAGAGGCCACAAGGACGGGCUCGAGUGCGCCGUCUGUCUCAAUCGGUUCGAGAACCCCGAGGUUCUCCGCCUCUUACCCAAAUGCCGCCACGCCUUCCACGUCGAUUGCGUCGAUACCUGGCUCGACGCCCACUCCACCUGCCCUCUCUGCCGCCACCGCGUCCACCCGGAGGACGUCCUCAUCGCAAUUGACGACCGCGGCGACGAGGAGGUGGAAGAAGAAGAAGAACGCCCCGCCGCGUCGUCACAGGCGGAAGCCCAAAACGCCGCCGUAUCUGGCUCGCCUGGAAUUGCAAUCGAAGCCGAAUUGGAAGAGCCUCGUCAUCCGAUUACGACGGACAUUGAAACCGGAAAACCGGAUUCCUCCAUUAAUACCUCGGCCUCUGUCUCCGAACAGAGCUCCCGUCGAGUCGCCGGCAGGCAUUCAUCGGCGGGGGAGAGGGCGACCGGAACAGGGAGCGGGUUUCUCUCCCAGAUUUUUUCUUCCCAUAGGAAGAGCACUUUCUCUGGAAGCUCGACUCCAUCGGUGAGAAAGUCGAUUGCGGGUUUGGAGAAGAAGAAGCGAGGAAGUGCCGAUUCAUCUACCGUGGCCGUCGGUUGCUUCGACCGUUACCAGCGGAAGGACGGGCUGCUCUUGACCCGGCAGCAGCAGGGUGACGGAUCGGGUUCGGCAUCCGGGUCGGUCUCCACGGCUGACAGGGCCCGCUUGGAGCAUCGGAUAAUCGUGUCGGCCGGCCGGGAAAUUCAAACCCAUAGGUGGAGCGACGUACAGCCGUCGGAUCGUCUCUAUCUCCGGUCAGAAAUGAUCAUUAGUCGCAGCCGUGGGGUACAUUCGGAAAGGAGACCGCCGCCACCGCGGCCUCCGCCUCUUCCCCCGCCGCGGAGGAUUCCCGCGGCACAAGUACAAACUUCUUAGGUGUAAUGUUACUAUAGAUAGCUAAGCUGCAUAUUGGCUUUUUUUGGUAGCAAGAGAAGAUUUUUGGGUGGAUGAGGUAAAAGAGAAAAUGAUUAUGCCCUUUUUUCUCAACUUUAAUGAUUGUUUCCUGGGUGUUCCGAUUUUGAGUUGGAUGAUGAAAGGAUUGCCCAAGGAACAUAAUCAAAUGAUGAUCAAUCAUCAAUCUUUCUUUGGAGAGGGACUACUACCCCGAAGCAUAGAAGUGGAGCCCUCGCCCCUCAAAGAAAAAGUUCGCACCUUUAUGAUUCAAGAGGUUGUAUUGAGCAGGAUUUGGCUUAGCAAUUCUGUUUCUUGAGGAAGAGAAAAUGUCCUUUGAAAGGAUUCGAAGAGUUUUGUAGAUGUAAUGCAAGAGUAGUGAAUUGCAGGGUUCUUGUAGAAUGUACCAUAUGUUAGGAAGAUUAGGAUGAGCUUCUUUUGCCCUGUAUUUCCCUUGAUUGGUUUCCCUCCUGCUGAGAGGAAUCUCUAGCUCAAUGGAUUUGUGUUUUUUUGGUCCUCGUGCCUUGUGUGUCCCUUCCUUGUUACAUUGUGGCAGAAUCUGAAUCAUGAGGUCUCUAUCUCUGCAUUAUGCAGCUGAAUAUGCCUUCUGUUCCUCCAUUCAAUGGCUCUAACUACGAAUGGUGGCACUGGAACCAUGAAAAGCAUGGUUGGUUUUACGUUCCUGCCUUUAGUUUGCUGUUACUGAUAUCGAGCUUUGAUUAGGAAUAUGCCUUCAAUGUUUCAUGUCGUUGUGAAUCUGGAGCUUGGAUGCAGAUAGGCAACUAGGAGUUCCAACAAGAAUUUACCUUUUGGAGAAAUGAAUUCAUCUUUGAACGCUAGUUGACCGAUUCAUAAGAGAAGCAACUAAUGGGGCAACUCUACUAGGUAAUGUGAAUAGCAUGAGCUCAUGUAUCUGCUGCUAGAUCAUCAAUAGCUAAGAGCCUAAGAGAACAGACUUCUCAUGACUGUAAUAAAUGAUCAAGGUUGGA